GAGCAGAGGGAGAGGGAGAGGGAGGACGGUGCUGCUGGUGGAGCAGAAGGGGGAGCUGCUGCUGGGACUGACACACAGCAAGGAAGAGGAGGAGGAGGAGAAAGUUGGUGUCUUGCUGCACGGAUAAAACGCAUGAAUCCGCCGGCAUGUGUGCGUUGAGAGUUGUAGUCCGCCGCACGCUCUGCAGUUGUGAAGUUUGGAUCCCCUCCAGAGUCUACACACCUGUCCUGAGAAUGACCAUCCAGAAUGGGACCUUGGUGCCUGCCAGAGACUGCAGCUCUCAGCCUGCAAAUAAGAGGAAUACGCUGAGAUGGGACCUGUCACCAGCUGAGAUCAGGACCGUGACAGAUGAUUUGAUUAGCAGAGUAAAGAAGGUGUACGAUGACAUAGGAGCGAUAAAGAUGGAGGAUGUUUCAGUGGAAAACACGCUGAGAGCAUUGGCUUAUGUCAAACUGGACUAUGCAUCAUCACGCCACGUUCUGGAUUUCCCUCAGUAUGUUUGUCCUUCUAAAGAGGUCCGGACAGCGAGCACGGACGCAGACAAGAAGCUGUCUGAGUUUGAUGUGGAGAUAAGUAUGAGGGAGGAUGUCUUCAAGCGAGUCACGGCCUUGCAGCAAAAGCUUCCAAACAACCUUUCUCCGGAAGAAAAGAGAUUCUUAGUCAGACUUGUGACCCUGGGCAAGAGGAAAGGAUUGCACCUGUCGAAAGAUAUACAAGAGGAAAUCAAAAGAACCUCCAAGCUCAUAAGUGAACUCUCCAUAGAAUUUAACAAGAAUAUAAAUGAGGAAAACACGUUUCUUGUUUUCUCCGAGCGUGAACUGGGCGGCCUGGCCGACAGUUAUCUCAAUGGACUGGACAAGACGUCAGAUGGGCAGUAUAAAGUUACACUGGAAUAUCCCCAUUACUUUCCACUGAUGAAGAGGUGUCACAAUCCUGAGACCAGGAGGAAGAUGGAAAGAGCUUUUCACAGCAGGUGUAAAGAGGUAAACACGGCGAUCCUUGAAGAGUUGGUUCAACUGAGGGCAAAGGUCGCCGAAUUACUUGGUUAUAGUAACCACGCAAAUUAUGUGCUGGAGAUGAACAUGGCAAAGAAUGCAAGCAAUGUGUCUGACUUUUUAGAUACAUUCUAUGAAACUCUGAAGCCCAUUGGAAUCAAGGAGAGGAAAUACAUCCUUGCACUAAAGAAGAGGGAGUGCUUGAUGAAGGGCCUUCCAUUUGAUGGACAGAUCAAUGCCUGGGAUUUACCCUACUACAUGAAUCAGGUGGAGCAGUGCAAGUUUGCCGUGAACAAGGACAAACUGAUCGAGUAUUUCCCGCUGGACGUGGUGACGGAAGGACUGCUCGGUAUCUACCAGGAACUGCUGGGUCUCACGUUCACAGAGGUGGAACACGCAAAUGUGUGGCACGAGGACGUCAAGCUAUACUCAGCACAUGACACUGAAACAGGAGAGGAGAUCGGCCAGUUCUACCUGGACUUACAUCCAAGGGAAGGAAAGUACGGCCACGCAGCCUGCUUUGGACUCCAACCUGGCUGCAGAGGACCUGAUGGAAAACGCAGGAUUCCAGUGGCAGCUAUGGUGGCUAACUUCACCAAACCCAGAAAAGGAUGGCCCUCUCUUCUCCAACACAAUGAAGUGGAGACUUACUUCCAUGAGUUUGGUCAUGUAAUGCACGAGAUUUGUUCAAAGGCCGCUUUUUCAGAAUUCAGUGGAACCCUGGUCGAGACGGACUUUGUGGAGGUUCCUUCACAAGUGCUUGAGAACUGGGUUUGGGAGAAGGAGCCCCUGAGGAGAAUGUCCGGCCACUACAAGGACGGCACACCAAUCCCAGACACCCUGCUCGAUAAGCUGAUAGCAUCCAGAGUAGCCAACACUGGGCUGAUGAACCUGCGUCAGGUAGUCCUCGGUAAAGUGGACCAGUCCCUACACACCAGCCCUCGUGCAGAUGCGACUGAGGUGUUUGCGCAGCACUGCCAGGACAUCCUGGGUGUUCCUGCUACACCAGGAACCAAUAUGACAGCCAGUUUCAGCCACCUGGCUGGAGGAUAUGAUGGUCAGUACUACAGCUAUCUGUGGAGUGAAGUCUACUCUAUGGACAUUUAUUUCAGUCGUUUUAAAAAGGAAGGCAUUAUGAAUCCAAAGGUUGGAAAAGAGUACAGGAGGGUGAUUCUGGAAGCAGGCGGCUCUGUGGAUGGAGUGGACAUGCUGAAAACCUUUCUCGAACGUGGCCCGUGCCAGGAUGCCUUCUUUCAAUGCAAAGGACUGAUGAAGUCGAAGGAAACUCAAACAGUAUAAUUUUGAUACAACCUUUUUAGAGCAGCUAUUCUGGCUCCCCCCUCUGGGACAAAUGCAGAAUGAGAACCACCACCUUCUGUCCUAAUGAUCUUUAUUAAUGUGUGCAUUUGUUUUGAGAGCAAGUGAAAGAACGACACAGUGUAUUUUUUACACGGUUUCUUCUUUUUGUAUCUGUGUUCUUUCUUUCUGUAUUUAUUUGUGGCUCUGUAAUAUUAAUAACAGUAACUAUGGGGAUACAAAGAAAACUUUGUUUUAGUGCUGUUCAUACACCCACAUGACAUGUAAUCCUUUAGCUAACCAAUUCAGGUGCUCUUUGUGAGUUGAAGUUAACAUUCCCUAGUAAUGUUAUGUCUUCAUAAUAAGCCAACACUGAAAUAAAUAUUUGCAAUCCG